AUGGGUAAACAUGCACAAUUGAUUAUGGGUCCUGCUGGUAGUGGAAAAUCUACGUAUUGCGAUACAAUGAGAAAACAUUGUGAAGAGAUAAAGAGAAGUGUACAUGUUGUGAAUUUAGAUCCAGCAGCAGAGGUAUUUGAAUAUCCGGUUUCAAUAGAUAUAAAGAAUCUGAUCACUGUUGACGAGGUGAUGGACGAGUUGGCAUACGGACCAAACGGUGGUCUGGUCUAUGCUAUGGAGUAUCUGGUGGAGAACAUGGAUUGGUUGAUGGAUGAACUCGAUGAUUUCGAAGAGGAUUAUCUCAUUAUCGAUUGUCCUGGUCAGAUCGAGUUGUACAGUCAUAUACCGGUGAUGCGUACACUCGUCGAUGCACUGCAACAAUCUGGCUAUAGAGUUUGUGCUGUAUUCAUGGUGGAUUCACAAUUCAUUCUCGACAGUUGUAAAUUUAUAAGUGGUUCACUCAUGUGUUUAUCGGCAAUGAUUCGUCUCGAGAUUCCACAUAUCAAUGUACUUACAAAGUUAGAUGUAAUAAAGAAAUCACAUAGACUGAAAGAUAUUGAAAGUUUUUUAGAUUUAGAAGUACAUGAAUUAGUAGAUAGAUUAGAUAAUGAAACGAACAAUAGAUAUCAUAAAUUAAAUAGAGCUAUUGGACAAUUGUUGGAAGAUUAUAGUUUGGUUGGAUAUAUCCCACUUGAUAUUUCAGAUCAAGAGAGUAUUAGUUUUUUAUUGGCACAGAUAGAUAAUUCAAUACAGUAUGGUGAAGAUGUCGAACCACAAGAUCCAAACGAUCAAUACUUUGAAGAAGAUGAAGAUGCUGAUGAUGGUGCUUUCGAUAAUUACAACAAUUAA